AGCAGAGAUGGAGGCCCGCCGAAAGUUGAUAGAAUCGUUCGCCGAGGCCGGGCGCAAAGCUUUCGACCCCAACGUGCCCGAGAGCAGUCGGGUGCAAGCAGUCCGGGAUUUUGAUGACUUGGUUGCGAGGUAAGGCCGAUGCCCACGUUCCGCUCUUCGUCGUUGAUUCGCCCCCUCUGUUCUAAUAUUUUCCAGGACUAAAACCCUCAAUGCUCUCGGGGCCCUCAACUCCCUGAUCAGGCCAGGGGCGGCGCCGCCAUGGCUGCGCCAGAGGUUGAUCGAGAAGCUCACCCGGCUGCCCAUGGAGCGUUCGGAUGGCGUACGGACAACCCUCGAGUUUGUCUUCUCGGUCCAUCCGACGAGCACGGUCAGGCUGUCCGAGGCUGCCGUGCCCCAGAAAAGGGGAGCCAACAUCACCCAGGACGCCCUCAACCUCGCCUGUAACCUACUAUCUACGCCAGCGUCUGUGCCUCCUGAGGAGUGGUACGCAGCCGUUGCCCCGCAGUUGUUAGCGUUGCUUGAUAAGGGAAACGAUGAGCCCGAGUUGGUCAAGGCCGCCUCCUACAUUAUCGGCUUUGGCAUUUUGGGGAAGAGGGCCACCGGAGCUCCUGGCACCGCCGGUUGGAAGUAUUUUGCCGAGCCCAUGCUCUUCCGCAUCAAACCCCCUCCUGGCCUUCCGGGCGCGACCGGGACCGAGGACAGUGAGAUUAUUGAUCUCAGCAAGGACAAGGUCAUUGUCUCGUGCACUGAUCUGUCGACGGCCCUUCGUAGGUUGCAUGCACUGGUCGUUGCGCACCCUAACCCGGGCUUGUGCAAGCGGCUGCUUUCUCCUCUGCUGCUUUCUCUGUGGACGCUUGCAACCUGGGACGAGACCGUCCAGCAGACCGUUGUGGAGAGAGUGUGCGAACCUGCUCUGGCGCUGCUGAAGAUAUUCCUCAAACUAACACCAUCUCCCGACCUCAUCUUGCUGCUCGUCCAAAACAUGGGCUACGUCGGUGGCUACAAUAGCAGUAGUCCUGAGUGGAUGUACAAGGCCAUUAACGAUAGCGAGAUUGCCAUCGUGGAUACGAAGCAGCCCAUCAGAAGCGCCAGUGCAUCUUCGCCCCGUCUCACACUAGAAGACAUUGAGCGGAAGGUCCCCAAACUCUUGGACCUCGUCACAUCGACCCUCUCUGAUGCUGAUGUCUCUAUUGCCUUUCUCGAAUUAUUUAAUAGCUGGCUCAAGUCGGCGAGAAGAUCAAAAGAACCCAGUAUUAUGAUCAAGCAGGACCAAGAGCAGGAGGACCCCAUCAGUCGGCUCGUGGAGAUGAGGACGCUCCAGGCUAUGAUGGAAAAGUUCCCCGAGAAGCUCGCCACGCAACCAAAGCACAUCCUCAACCUUGUCAGCCAAAUCCUGUCCAACUCGGGGGAGAAGGCGGAGGACGAAGAUGAAGUGAUCAGCGUGGCGCUCAGCCUCCUGAAUAUGAUUGUUACCACCCCCGGCUUCCAGAAGUCGCGCGUCAACCCGGAGACGCUAGCCCUCAUCGAGUCCUCGCUCGACACGCUCGCCAAAUCCCCCGCGGACUUCUCCCAGACCGCCUCGAACCUUCGUCUCCUGCUCCUCUACCGGGACGAGGUCGAUCCGGCCGAGUCGACCAGUGCGGCGCCGACCGACCGGCAGGUCGAAGACCGGAAGACGUACAGCCUCGCCAUCUCGUACAUCACGGCGCCCGACUCGCCGCCGCCCGUCCGCUCCGAAGGGGUGAAUCUCCUCUCGACCCUCAUCACGUCGCGGUCGCCGGUGCUGGACAUACCGGGCAUCCUGGUCCUCCUCGGCGGCCUGCUGGCGGACGAGGACGAGUACAUCUACCUGCGCGUCAUCAAGGCGUACACGCUCCUGUGCGACGCCCACCCGCGCUCGGUCGUGCGCGAGCUGACGGACCGCUUCGUCGACGCGCGCGAGACCCAGGCGCUCGACGCGCGCCUGCGCGCCGGCGAGGCCCUCCUGCAGGUCGUCCAGCGCCUGGGCGAGACGUUCACCGGCGACCUGGCCCGCGAAACCGCCACCGCGCUGGUGACGGUCGCCGGGCGGAGGCCGCGCCGCCCCCGGACCGAGGCGCGCCGGCAGAGGGAGAAGGCCGCGCGGGAGCGGCGCGAGCGCGAGGCCCGCGACGCGUGGGGCGGCGAGGUGCCGGAUUUCAGCGACCCCGACGACGAGGACGAAGAUGAUGACGAUGUCCUCGGCACCGGGGGAGGCGGCGGCAACUCCUCCCUCACGCGCGAGGCGAAGCGGCGGCGGAAAGAGGUGAUCGAGCGGAUCGUGCAAGGGUGGGAAGGAAAGCGCGGGAGCGAGGACGUGCGGGUCCGAGCGUCGGCGCUGUCGGUCCUCGGGGCGGCGGUGGAGGCGAACGUGGCGGGGCUGGGGCGGGAGCUGGUCUCGGGGGCGGUGGACCUCUGCGUCGCGGUGCUGCAGCUGGAGCGGGAGGAGGAGAAGGGGAUUCUGAGGAGGGCGGCGGUGAUGUUUGUGUUGAGCUUCGUGCGGGCGCUGGAGGACGCCAGGGAGAAGGGCCGCGACCUGGGAUUCGGAUUCGGCGCGCGGGCGCAGGAGGACGUGAUGCGCACGCUGAGAUACGUGGCCGAGACGGACAACGACGGGCUGGUGGUGCAGCACGCGCGGGACGUGGUGGAGAGCUUGGAGAACUGGCAGGUCGUGAGGCUGAUGCCGUCCCGGACUGCUGCUGCUCCUGCUUUCGGUGGCGGGCUGACCAGGCUGGCCGGGCUGGAGGUCAACCCGGAGAGGAGCGCUCCGGCAGCGGGUAGCGGUGGUCCCGGGCCUGCUAAGCCUAGGAUUGAGGAAGUCGAGUAGACGUUUAGACGACAGGGAGGUAUACAGCCUGACCCCUGACCUCCAUUCCAACAUUGACUGUCGUCCAAAACACAUUGCGAGCGGGCAUUAGACCCUCCGUACCAGAUUAGUAUCGCGUCCC